UUUGAAAUUUUCGAAGGUCGGUGUGUUAGCGGGCUUUCCGGAUGGCAGUCACAUCGCGUGAUAAUGAGUAGUGUACAGUUGAAGAACGUGGACAAGGUACUUGAAGUGUCAUACACUCCUAUACACUCUAGAGGAUGUAAUUCUGGCUAUGAGGAGCAAACGAAGGAUUCGCGUCUCAUAUUAUCAUCAGCUAAGAAAAGACUGUCUAGUAAAUCAAACUCAGAAACCGGAAGCUUCGACUCAGCAUCAUAUACUGGAUCUAGUUCCGAUGAUGAUGAUGAAGAAAGUCAACAACGUGAAAAUCCAAAGGAACGUUAUUUGAAACCUGGACUUAGAGCUGUAAACUCUAGAGGAUUUAAUGAUUUCUGUGUUCAAAAAAUCCGUCAAGCUUCUUUUGGACGUAGAGAAAUUGAAAUAGCUGAACAAGAAAUGCCUGGUUUGAUGGCAUUAAGAAAGCGUGCUAAAACUGAUCAGCCAUUAAAAGGAGCCAAAAUUCUCGGUUGUACACAUGUGACCGCGCAUACAGCUGUACUACUUGAAACAAUGGUAUGUCUUGGCGCCCAAGUUCGAUGGUGUGCUUGUAACAUAUAUUCAACACAGAAUGAAGUAGCAGCAGCGUUAGCUGAGUCGGGUGUUCCUAUUUAUGCAUGGAAAGGCGAAACUGAAGAGGAUUUCUGGUGGUGUAUUAAUCGUUGUAUAUCUGCUGAAGGUUGGACACCCAAUGUAGUUUUAGAUGAUGGUGGGGACUUAACUCAUCAGCUGCAUAAAAAUUACAAGGAAUUACUGUCUGGUAUAUGUGGAAUAGUUGAAGAAAGUGUGACAGGUGUUCAUCGUCUUUAUCAGUACGUGAAAUCUGGCACAUUGGGAGUGCCGGCUAUGAAUAUUAGCGAUAGUAUAACAAAGUCAAAAUUCGAUAAUUUCUAUUUAUGCAAAGAAUCAAUUGUUGAUUCUCUUAAACGAACUACAGAUAUGAUGAUCAGUGGUAAGACUGUAUUAGUAUGCGGUUAUGGUGAAGUUGGGAAAGGUGUUUGUCAAGCGUUAAGAGGAUUAGGAGCUUUCGUUUGUAUUUCGGAAAUAGAUCCAAUCUGUGCUCUUCAAGCUUGCAUGGAUGGUUAUCGUGUUGUAAAAAUCGACGAGGUUAUACGUUCAGUGGAUAUUGUCGUUACUUGCACUGGAAAUAAAGGUGUCAUUACUCGGUCCCAUAUGGAUCAAAUGAAAAAUGGUUGUGUCGUAUGCAAUAUGGGUCAUUCUAACACCGAAAUCGAUGUUCGAUCUCUUCAAACACCUGAUUUAACAUGGGAGCGUGUUCGAUCACAAGUGGAUCAUGUUAUUUGGAUGGAUGGUAAACGUAUUGUUCUUAUAGCUGAGGGUCGUUUGGCGAAUUUAAGCUGUUCAACUGUUCCAUCGAUUGUUGUCUCUGUUAGCGCCAGUACUCAAGUUAGUUUGUGAUACAUUGAGUUCAUUAUUUUGGAUAAUUGUUCUCUAACUUUAUUACCAUAUGUUCAGUAUCAUUUGAUUGAAGUUACCAAACUACUCAGUAUUGUUAGCUUAAGUGAUAAGGUGAUUUGUACCUGGUAAUUGUACUGUAUAAAUAAUUUCACAUGUUUUUUUCAUGGUAAAAACAUUUAAUACAUACAAGUAUUCUUAUCCUAAUGAUCCGAUUUUAAACUAUAUGUUCUUGUCACUAUAAGAACUUGAAAAUGAACAUUUAAUUGUUAGAUAAAUCUAAACAAAAUGAUAGUCAUUAGAUUUUCAUGGCUUAUUUAAUUCAUUUUGAUAUUUUAACUUUAUUUGAUUAGCUUUUCUUACUAGAGUCGAAGUUACCUGGAAACAUGAGUUUUCAUACUUCACACAGUGAAACUGAUCUAUCUAGUUUAGUAAGCAAACAAUCAUAAAUUAUCGCUUGUUACUGAAUGAUAUGUACUCCACACGUCCAUAUCUUCAAGAGCCUCUUUUUAAUUAUCUAUAGCAAACUAGUAUGAGCACUUUGUUCUGAUUUUUGUAAUCUUAAUUUUGAUGAUUGACAUUCUGUGCUGGAAAAGAACAUUUCAUCGUAUAACAAACUUUUUUGUCAGAAUGUAAGUUUACAGUGACUUGUGUAGUCUAAUAUGGAAAUGACCAAUCAGAUUUGAGACAUUCUGUUCAAUUAUAUAACCUGUAAAUGAUGCAGAAUGCUUAUUCCGCAAAGAUUUUUUGGUUCAACUGGCCAAAAAUUUUGGCGAAUAAUAAUAGUAAUAAUAAUAACCGUGUACAAAAAGUAAUUCAUUAUAGAUUCGUGAAUAUCAUUUUCGACAAUAUAUUUACCACUUAUAUCAUAGUAAGAAAUGAUUUAAAUUAUCUUUUUGUUAACGAUCUUAAAAUGAAUUUCGAUCCGUCGGUUGGUAUCCUAGAUUUCACUGCUAGUCACGAUCUCUCUGUUCUAUGAAUAUACUUUAAUACAUAGGACAUUUAUUGUAUUAUUGUAUCAAUUAAUUCGAAAAAGUACUAGUUAUCUGGCAGCGUUUAAUACUUAUUCAAAAAUUUGAAUUCAUUUCUUUGUGUGUGUGUGUGUGUGUGUGUAAGUGUAACAAAUCUUAUAUUCACAUAUGCCCAUAUCAAGAAAAACAAACAAACAUCAAACUUAUGACCCAAAUAAAAUUAGUCAUAGUUUUAAUACUUAUGAAUUCAUGUAGUAAGUUUUACAUGAUUUCUAACGAAAUUUUACAAGAAAAAAGAAAUACACAAUGUAAAUUAAUAUUUCAACAAUACUAUCAUGUAAAUAUUGUAUAAUAGAAACAAUAUUAUGCAUGUUUAAUUUGUGAUUUUAUCUGCUGUAUGUACUGAAUGUAAAUCAACCAUUUAUGCUAUUCUAUUCUGUUUAUUUAUUCAAGGAUAAGAUAAGGGAAUGAAGUGCAUAUCUUUUAUUAUUAUAUUAUGUAUUUAUUAUAAGUUUUUUGUUCUGUUAUGCAAAUUUCACUUUAUUUGAAUAAUUCCACUGUUUUUUGUAAAAAAUUCAAUAGUGAUCCAGUAGGUUAAGUGUUUGCGCAUGAGACUGAAGGCCCUGGGUUCGAAUCCCGCGAGCGGGAUCGUGGAUACGCACUGCUGAAGAGUCACACAACAGGACGAAACGGCCUUCCAGUGCUUCCAGGUUUCCAACGGUGGUCUAAUAUCAAUCGGUUCAUGAUCUCAACCAAAAACUUAAAAUUAUAUGUUUGAUCAUAAAAUUUGUAAAAUUAAACAAAACAUAUGUUUUCUUCUUUUUGAGAAAAAUAUUUGAAAUUCAUUUACUCUAUUGAUUUGUAUAAUUUUUAUUCAGAUAUUAGCUUUGAUUGAAUUGUACAAUGCUCCUGCUGGUCGUUAUAAAAAUGAUGUAUAUUUAUUACCGAAAAAAAUGGAUGAAUAUGUGGCAACAUUGCAUCUUCCAUUGUUCAACGGCCGAAUAACUGAACUCACUGAUGAACAAGCUCGAUAUUUAGGUGUAAAUAAAACAGGACCAUUUAAACCGAGUAACUACAAGUACUAAACUUGUCCUCAUUCUUUGUUUCUCCUCAUACACUGACUGCUGUUACAUUUAUUGGAAAAUGUCUUCCUGUUUAACAUGUAUACGAUGUAUCCAUUUGAUUUUCGUAGAAAGUAUGGUAGAAUAUUACAUCUAGUGUACUCUGAAUAAAUACGUUGAAGUAUAAAUUUCUCAUCCUCUUACUCUGUUUAUUCUUAUAACUUUCAGUUACAUUCCAAUAACUAUUGUGUAAAAGAGUUGCUUUGUACUAAUCUAGUAUAUUUUCAUGUUUCAUCGUUAACUUAACUUAUGUCUUUCCUUGUUAAUCUUGUUUAUAGAUUUAGCGUUAAAAAAGAUAAUUUUUGAUUUUGAUUAUAUAUAUCAGUUUGAUUCACCCUCACGAUAAUACUAUUCUCUGCCUCAUAAAUACACUGGUACAUCAAUGUUAUCGAUAUGCUAAUUAGCCUAGGGUUUUCUUCAAGUAAUACUUUGUGAUGACGCUGUUAUUUUUCCUCAUACUGAUUUCUAUGUCAUUAUGGCGUCCUGUAUCCUUGUUAGGGAAUCCUGUUGAAUCUAUCGGAAUAUUACGUAAUUAGUCGUGUUUUAACUAGUUUCUCUUAAUCGGACAAGCAAUAAUAAUUCAUCGUAAUUCUAAUUGAUUUGUCUUUACCAUGUAUUAUUUUUGUAUUUUUUUUCGUAAUUCCCCCUCUUGCAAUUCUAUUUAACCAUUUACUUUCCUCAUUUAUAACAUACACCGUUCUGUUUGACAUUGUGUAGAAUACAAACAGAUAGUUAUUUAUAGUCUGUAUGUAUCGUCUAUAUGAUACUUGCACUGUUUUCUUUUAUUGAAUAUGGUAUGAUUCCACGCACAUUCGCAUCAAUUUUAUAAUGGCUGUGGUAAGGACUAGAUUCUUUUUGCUUGUAUCCACGUAUUCUUUAGACAUGUUACAAUAAGUGAUUUGACAUUCAGUAGUUUGCAGUGUAGACUAAUACAUCUGAUAUUCAAAUGCUACUUUAUGAGCGGUUAUUUUGGGUAGGCUUUUGCAAAACAAUGUUAAAUAUGUUUGACGAUCUACUGACGUGUCCAUCAUACGUAACACUAAUGAGAGUUUGAUAAAAAGCAUGUGAUAGAACUCUAAAGUUUUUGUCUAUAAACCUGUAUGUAAAAUAAUAGGGAAACAUUCAGUUUUGUGUCUGACGAUCAAUAGAAAUAUCCGAUGUUAGCUUGUACAAUUACUUAAUUGUGUAACUAUGAUAAUGAGUGUGUCAGUCACGCGUCUCUAACAUAAGAUGGGUCAGGACAGUUUAGUUUUAUAAAUUGAUGAUUCAUAUAUGAGAGUAAUGAACAAUCUCACCUCAGUGAGCGUUCCGGAAUCGGAUCAGGUUAAUAGUUUUUAUAGUUACUCACAACUUAUUUGAGUACAUAAAAUUUUUAACGCCUGUUGUAAGUCGGUCGGUGGCCCCAAACUAUGGGGAAACAAUUCAUCUGUUUUAUCCUAAAACGUCUCUAUAUUGUAAUUUAAAGGAAGCGCUGUUAUCUGUCACUAACUUUUUUUAUUCUUUUCACUGUAUACUGUAUAAGCAACGGUUUGAACACCAAUUUGUCAAUAAGCUUUGGAUUAUUUCACUUUCUAAGUUUUAGCCAUGUGAAGGCAAAUAAAUUUUGAUGCG